UUAGGCUAUCUAAAGCAAAUAAUAAACACUGAAAUGUCUCAGUUUUUUGUUUUUUUUCAAAUCUAUUCAGCUGCAGAGGAGAGGAAGUAGGGUAUUGCUGUUGAGGAAAUGCAAUAGACUUACUUCCUAUGUUGUCAGCCGUCAUGAGAGGAAUAAUGAGAUCAUUCACAAGCUGUCGUGGCACUGACAUGGAGCGGUUGUUAUGGAUGUCUCUCCUGCUCGCCAACCUGCCCGUCACAGAGAGCAUAACAGAAGAAGAAAAGAGCUGCUUGUCACAACCGAACAGGAUGAUCUGGAGGAAAACGGGACAAGGUGUUAUUCUCCCUUGUACCGUAAAUCCAUCUUGUUCAGACAAAAACUUGCAGUUCGAGUGGUUUUUCUUCAAAGAAAACGUCCAUCUUCGCUUGGCAUCGCUGAACGAUCCUCUCAAGUAUGUGCUCAGAGGAGCAUCUUUACACAUCAGCACGCUUCAUGUUAAUGAUAGCGGGAUUUACCACUGUGCUGCAGUGAUGCAUGGAGACUCGGCACCCGGCUCACAGUACGUAGGGUCGGGGACAGGGCUUGUGGUAAGAGAAAAAGUUAAAAUAAUGGUGAGGGACAUUCUUCUGUGGCUGUCGUUUGUCCUCCUGUCCAUCUACAGCCUGGCAAUUGUGACACUUAUCAUAAAGAAGCAUGGCUGCAAAAGGAUUCAGAAAUCUGACAAGAAAAACUCAACAAAGACAAAACAAUUCCGUGACGUGCUGCAGGAAAUGUACAGCAGAAGGAACCUGGAGAGGAGCAAACAAAGCGUGAGCAGAAGCCGCUCUCCAGCUGAGGCUGCGAGCACUGACCUGGACAACUCAAACGAUGACAUCUAUCAAAAUGUCUGACUGUCGUUAACAGACAUCAAACGACAGAUUUUGGACCACCGUCAUCUGGACAGAGAGGACCUUUCAAAGCAACGAAAUGCCUGAUGGGAAGACGAGGGUAUGGGACUAAGGAAAUGAGAACUGCUGCCGGGGUAGUUGUGUGCCAUCUCAUCUUCUCCCACGAAUUGAGACAUAUCAACCACAACAAAAAGGUCCUGAGUCAUUCUUCAUUUUCUCCUCAUUCGACAGACAGUAACUGUAGUUUUAUCUACAUUCUGUCGACUGGGACCAAUUUUGCAGCACCUUCAGCAAUUUCAUUCUUUUAAGAACCACAGCAGAGUUUACCAUUACUUCCACACAUUUAGGUCAAUAAGCCGUUUAAUUUGGGAAUUGCACUUUCAGGAGAAGAGAGUAAAAAGUAGCACAUUACAUACAUUUACAUUCUCAGGACAAAGAUCACAUUGUUCAGUGAUGAAAGUGGAAAUCAGCAGAAAAAUAGUGCAACUGUGAGAGUACAGAAAGUCAAGUAAGAUUAUUCCCCCCCCCCCCCCCCGAUUAUUAAGUAACACAUAUGGAAAUCAUAAACAUAUACAAAUAUUAUUCUGAUCAUAGUUCACGGUUCUACAAAACUCACUUCUUAUGAAAAACUUUGGAAACCAAAACUGAAAAGUUCAGUCAGAUCUAGUAAGACUUCAAGUUCAUAAUUGUAAACUAUUUAAUGACAUGCAGGCACAUUUCAGAUGACUUUAUAUGACAAUACAGCAUUUGAUUAACAAUGUUAAAAUAACAUUGUGUAAGAAAUUGGUACUCUUUGUUACUUUUUCAGCUUUGGAGUGCCAACCGAAAUCACUGAAUAUAGUUAUAAACCUGUGUUUCUAUACAAUAAUCAGUGAGGCCUGGCCCCCUGAAACACUGGUCGCAUUUAGCCUUUUUACCAUCCUAAUUCUUGUCUCAUUUGUGGUUCAAUAAACAGUAAACUCAUCACAUUCAAUCCUCCACAGCGUUAUAUUUAAAGAUAUUUUUCAAGCACACGAAUGAGAAACAUUGGAGAAACGCAUGCUGAGAAUCCUGAACAAGCUUCUUCUGCACUCCCUUAAUUACAGGUGUUCAGGGGGGAGGCUCGGAAAAUAAUGACGCACCAUUCACUGUCAUUAUACAACCAAAAAUUAUUCUGAAGCUGCUUUGUUAAGGCAAAAAGUUGCAUAAUGUUACUUUAAUUCAAGAGUGAAAAUAUUGCAUUCUUGAUGCUGGAGUGUCUUUUUUUACAGAGCAAUCAUCAACUUACAAUAAACUUACAGUAAGGCAACAUUUCACAACCUGGUAUGUUUGUGAGGAAUCUCUCUGUGUCUUCUUCUUUACAAAACAAAAUCCAAAAAUAUUUGUUCACUGCAUAGUUUCCACUAAAAGAAUCCAGUCAGUCAACAUUUACAAGUAUACAUGUAUGAACUGUUAAGUCAAAGUGGGUGUUUACAUGUCUACAUGCUUUUUAUAUUAAAAGAUUCAAUAAACUUUUGGCAGUCAGCUGAGGUGUUUACCAUUCA